UAUUUCAUUGUUACAGCAUGCCUUAGCAUUCCAUCAUCCCCAUCCAUGUAUAUUCACUCUGCUUGCUUUGCCGUCGCGUUCCGCCUUUUGGUGGAGCGGACAUGGCCGCUUGCUUUCUUUUGUUCGAAAUAUUAUCUUUACCCUCUUCAGGUUUCUGCGAUUAACCAUCAGUGUUGCGUGUCGUGCCAUGCAUGUAGUAAACAGGGUAAACAAGCACGUCUCCAAGCACUAUUCAAGCCGACCAGCUUGUUAUUGGAUGUUAUUGUUGCCAUUCCUAGUUCCCGUUUCUGUACCAAACCCACUGGUGAGAUCAACGAAACACGGUUGGCCAAUCAAAAAAGGAGGCGCGUCGGUUGCUAUGGAGCCGCGAGCCAAGACCGCAGUGGAGAACAACAAACACACCGUGACACGGCCGCAUCACUGAUUUACUAUAGGUAACGCUCCAACCCACGACAAUCCCGCAAUCCUAGCGCACAACACCCAAUUUCUUGCAUUUCACCCGCUUUGGUGCACAUCUGGCCCUUCAACACAGUAUCAUUUCGCAAAACUAAACCAUCGUCUCCUCUUACUAUGGCCCACGAGCCAGGUCCAUUCUCGGUCCGUCGCCAGACACUGGCGCCCACAAGCAAUAACCUCUCUGCGAUUCCCAUGCCAUCUUCCGCUAUGAAGCGCUCGAGUAUCAAUUUCAGCUCCCAACAGGCAAACCAUGCCCGCUCGCAGUCUGGUUCGCGCAUGUCUCUUGCCCCAAGUCGCCCAAGCCAACCCGUCUUUCAGCGCUCGUCGUCCGGGACGAACCUCGCUGAGCAGGGCUUCCAGUCAGUCCAUCGCAAUUCUACGAGCAACAUGUUUGGGCCGAGCAGCGCGGGCGGCGCGAGGAAGAGCUUUGCGCCCGGCGCUUCCAUCUUCCAGACCCCGGCACCUGCUCCUACCUUCGAGCAAAAUACACAGCGACGGAGUAGCGUGUUCAAACCACGCAUGUCUCACGGAGGCCAGGCAGGAGUUAGGCAAUCUUUUUUCCAAACCGCCCCACUCCCAUCAACCGCUCCGACGGACCCGCGACGACUCAAGGAUGCGAGUACUCGCUCUCAAAUGGGCCAAGAAUUACUAGAAUAUCUCACACAAAACAAUUUCGAAAUGGACUCCAAGCACGUUCUUUCGGCCAAGUGCAUGACUUCGCCGACCCAGAAGGAUUUCAACUGCAUGUUCCAAUGGCUAUACAAACGUAUAGACCCUGCCUAUCGCUUCCAAAAAUCCAUGGACCAAGAAGUUCCAGUUUUGUUGAAGCAAAUGCGGUACCCAUUCGAAAAAUCUAUAACCAAAUCUGCGAUCGCGGCAGUGGGAUCAGCCAAUACCUGGUCCAUGUUCCUUGGUCUGCUCCACUGGAUGAUGCAGCUUGCUAAGAUCAUGUCUGCCUACGAAAACGGAAAUUACGAUGACGCGUGUAUGGAAGCAGGUUACGAUGUGUCUGGUGAUCGCAUCAUUUUCGACUUCUUGUCCGAUGCUUACAGUACAUGGCUAUCAGCAGAAGACGAGGACGACGAAAACGACCCCGAUGGCGAACUGGCAAUGGCCAGGUCUAUGCAACCCCACGUACAAGCUAUGGCGAAGCGCUUUGAUGAAGCCAAUGCUCACCAUUUAGACCAAGUGGAACUGUUGGAAGCCGAAUACAAAGCUCUGCAGGAUCAGAUUGACGAGCUUUCCAAAUCCGGACCCAGGCUUCAUAAAUUGGAAGAGCAGAUUAAGAUCAUGGAACAAGACUACGUCAAAUUCGAAGCGUACAACAACACCGUUAAUGCCAGGAUGAACAAGUACAACGACCGAUGUGGCCUGUUCGAGAAGGAGGUUGAGAAGAUUGAAGCAGAAUUGGAAGCAUCUGAAAGGGAGAAGCAGGAACUCCAGGCCAUUAUUGACGGUCGUGGAAUGACGAUUGCGGACAUUGAUCGCAUGUCUACCGAGAAAGAACGUCUCGACUCCUCACUUCAGGCAGCUUCUGCCCGUGUUGAGGAAUCGAAGAAGCGUGUAGCAGAAAAGGAACAAGUUGCGUCACGUAAACUUGAUGAGUUGGAGCAGACGAUCGAACGCUUCAACAACCUUGGCUACCAAGUUGGAGUAAUACCUUCUACUGCUGUAAACGCAAAAGGCCAAGAGUAUGAGCUGGUCCUUACAGUCAAUGAAAGUCCAAACUUUUCGGGAUCGCAGAUGGGUGGUUCACAAGAAGCAUCAGAUCGCCUCCUCGCCGAUUCCGGCACCGGCUACUCACCACACACUCUCCUGAACCUGGAUCUCCGAGGAACAGUCAAAUCGAACAUCCUCGCCCUGCGCAAAGAAAUAGCAGAGCGCCGCAAUUCGGCGCUCGAAGCCGAUAUGAAUAACCACGACCUGCUUGAUCAAGUCAAGCAAGCAAUGGAUGACAAGCAGGCUGAAGUCGAGGCGCUGGGCCACAGAGUUGCACAAGCAGAGGAGGAGCUAGAGAAGCUGAGAGAGAUAACUGGAACGCAAAAAACAGCGUCCGAUGCGCAGAUUGAAAAGAUGGAGAAAGAACUCGGGCGCAUGCGCAGCAACCUCGGUGAAUCGGUGCAACUCAUGGUGCAACGCGAGAUGGCUGUCAACAUUGAAUACGAGCAAUUGCAACUCCGCGCCAACACGCUUCGCGAGGAGCUCCACACAGAAAUCGAGCGAAUGCUCGACGACAUUGUGCGCUUCAAGCUCCACGUCCAGAAGUCGCUCGAGGAGUACGAGCAGUUCAUCGCCGACGAGGUCGAGCGCAGCUGUCAGGAGGAAGACGCCAUGGGCGAUGUCGAGGACGAUGUCGCUGUGGGCGACGGAGCUGACAAGUGGGAGAUGGUGUAAAAGUCCCACUGCUUCAUCUUCUCUCUACCCGCGUUCUGAGUGUCGUGAU